AUCUUGACUUCUUCUCUUCUCAGCAUAACAUUUCAGUAACUCAAGAUGGCUCCACCAGCUAAAUCCGCAGGCAAAGCAAUGAAGAAGUCUGGGAAGGCUCAGAAGAACAUUACUAAAUCUGACAAGAAACGCAAGCCCAAGAGGAAAGAAUCUUACGGUAUUUACAUCUACAAAGUACUGAAGCAGGUGCAUCCCGAUACCGGAGUGUCGUCGAAGGCCAUGAGCAUCAUGAACAGUUUCGUCAACGACAUAUUCGAGCGUAUUGCUUCCGAAUCUAGUCGUCUCUCACACUACAACAAACGUUCCACAAUAACCAGUCGGGAGAUUCAAACCGCCGUCCGCUUGUUGUUGCCUGGAGAAUUGGCCAAGCACGCCGUUAGUGAAGGCACCAAGGCUGUGACCAAGUACACUAGUUCUAAAUAAGGUAACUAUUUCGAUGAGACUUCUUAAAUAAAGAAUUAAAAAGGCCCUUUUCAGGGCUACCAAA